UUCUCAAAAUGAUUUCAAUAUUUCUAGUGUUGGUCUUAUCACUGGUUCUUGCUAUCAGCCUGUAAUGGUAAAGCAAACACCAUAAAGGAAACAUUCACCUAAUUAAUUUCUAAAAUGCAAAAAAAAAAAUCUGCAUAAAAUUCUAUAUACAUAAAUUCAGAUCCAUCACUCAGUGAGAGAUAAAAAAAAAAUUAAAGAUAUAUAAGUGGAGAAAAUCCAAAUAUGGUCCAUUUUGAGACAUCUUUUUCCACCAGUGAGAUAGUGUGAGAAUUCAAAAUAAAAAGGCUAGAAAUGUCCGCCAGGUCACUGAGAUAUACCUGGUUGCUGUAAAUCAAAAUGGAACAAUCUGCCUUGCCUUAGUGUUAUACUGUAGGAAAAGAAAGCUUGAAGAAUCUCUAAAUGUGAACUUGUUCUUUCUUCCCAGCUCUACUCUGUCUACGGCUGCCCCACUUGCGGGACACGCACAUUUUAUCAAGGUGUAACAGCCAUGACCUUCAGUAACAAGGCUGGAUCUGUGGUUGUUCAGGCCACCAUCAUGUUCAGCUCAAGGCACACCAAUGCUGUGGUUAUUAAAUUCCUAUUUCUGUCAGCCAUCAGUGACAAAAAUGAAAUAAAUGGCCUGAAAAUCAACCCUGACUUCAUACAGGUCAUACAAGGAUCAGCUCCUGCACCGAUGAGCACUUCCCAUCCAACCACUACUCCUAGCCCUACUCCUACCACUACUACUCCAACUCCUACUACUCCUACCACUACUCCUAGCCCUACUCCUACCACUACUACUCCAACUCCUACUACUACAACUAUUUGUGACACGAUUCCUCCAAGUACUCCUACCACUACUCCAACCACUACUACUCCAACUCCUACUACUACUACAACUAUUUGUGACACGAUUCCUCCAACACCUAAAUCCCCUGCAUUAGCUAGAGGAAAGCACGUGCGCGUUGUUUACAUCUCUCGGAGGCGCGUGACUUCCGGCUCCGCCCCCUUUCCUGCCGGUGCGGAAGUGGACUUCGGUGUGAGACACUCGGCAUCGCCCACGUGGCUCAUAAGAGACUUCGCCUGA